CACCCAUACCCCAUAUUCACCUCUAGAAGGAGCUUUCGCUCUCAAGAAAAGAAAAAGAAAAAGAAAAAAUAAAAAGAAAAAAAAGAAAAAAAUAAAAAGAUUGAAAAAGAAAAUUUGUGUGUGUGUUUGGGGGCGAAAUGAAAUUACAUUCUGAUUGAUGCAAAAGACCAAAUGGCCUCUGUACAAAUGCUGAGAUACACUCAAUCUCCAAUUCCCGUUUCCCAAACAAAACCCACAUGCUUCUACUCGGAAUCUUGUCCCAAGAAGAGGAUUCUCAGGUUGCCAAGCUCUAACGCCUCCAGAUAUUGCACCACCAAGAGGUUUAGGGUCUGCUGUGCAGCUCAAGAACCGGGCAAAGAAAGCAAUGGUGAAGAACCUCCUGAGUCAUUGUUUAUGAAGGAACUAAGGAAGAGGGGUAUGACUCCAACGUCAUUGCUUGAAGACACUAAUAGGACUGACUAUGGACCUAAUGAUGAGACUAGCAAACAAGAAAGAGCUUUCUCACAGAAAAAUGCAGUCUCAACGGAGGAGGUCGAAAGAAGCCUUCUCAAUCAAAAGGAGCGCUCCAUGAUGUUGAACAGCGAAGGCCUUGAGGGGUUAAUACCGCGGGCCAAACUAUUGCUAACAAUUGGAGGGACAUUUUUCUUGGGGUUUUGGCCAUUGAUCCUCAUAACAGUGGCAUUCUUCUCUGCGCUUUAUUUAUAUUUUGGAUCUUCAUUCAUCCAUGAUGCAAGCAAAACACCCAUUUCACCACCCCAGUAUAUUGAUCCGUAUGCACUUCUGGAAGAGGAAAGGAUUUCCCAAAUAGCACCUCGUGUAAAUUGAAUGAUAAAAUGUUUUAACGUGGAGAAUCCUAACAUUGUUGAACUCCAUUUACAAUAGCUGAAAAAAGAAAAUCUUAUAGAUUUUGUUUUGUACUACUUUCUUGACUCUUUUAUUCUUUAUCUGUAUAAAUGGCAAAUUAUGAACUACUUUUCAUACCA